UUUGUAUUUAGGUCCGUUUAAGGUUAUGAACAAUAAAAAAAUAAAAUACGUAUUAUUUUUCUUAUGAAUUAUCAUUAAAUCAUAUUUUGAAUUUCUUUAGAUCUGAAUGAAAUACAUUUCAAAAUGUCAAUACCGCAAAUUAGAAAUUUUAACCUAAAGGCAAUUGUAGUAAAUGGAAGCUCAGUAGUUUUAGAUAUUAUUCUUUUGGUAAUGAGUUUUCCUGGAGGUGAUGAUAGGGCUAGAGAAAAAUUUUCAGCUGCUGUAUGUAUUUUACAUUUAAUAGUUCGUCCAUUUAGUACGAUUUUAUUAAUAAAAAAUCUUGAAGAACGCAGUGGAGUUACAGAAGAAGUAUAUGGUGAAUUUAAAUCCGAACUUAUGACACAAGCUUCUGAAUUCCAAGAAAAAGAUUCUAAUUGGAGUUUACAGGAGAUAAUGUUUUUAGAUGUGAACAUAAACCGUUUCAAUAGUGUUGCAGCUUCUUCAUAUAUCAAGCUACCUGUGACAAUAAUGAAAAGAAAUGCUGUCUUGAAUAUUGAAAACAAAGAUAACGCUUGUUUCGCUUGGUCCAUCAAUGCAGCAAUUUUUCCUGCCGAGGGGAAUCCUAAGUAUCCAUCAUCAUACCCACAUUAUGAUACAAUGUUAGACUUUACAGAUGAAGUUAGAAAAUAUUUCUCCAACGAAAAAGAAUUCAAUUUAAUGAGACGUAAGGGCGUGUUUCCUUAUUCAUACAUUGAUUCUUUUCAAAAAUUGGAUGAUGAGGAACUACCAUCUAGAGCUAAAUUUUUUGAUAACUUAAAAGGAGAGCCAAUCACCGAUGAAGACUAUAAUAGGUCCAAAGAAACUGACGUGCUUCUGUUAGCAGAUGUGUUUGAAAACUUUAGAAAAGUGUGUUUGAAAAAAUAUAAACUUGAUCCUGCUCAUUACUUGACCGCACCCUCCCUAAGUUGGGAUGCAAUGCUGAAAUAUACACAAAUAGAACUCGAAUUACUGACAGAUAUUGACAUGCUACACUUUUUCAAAAAAGGGAUCAGAGGAGGAGUAGCACAGUGCAGUAAGAGGCAAGCGAUGGCUAAUAAUAAAUUUCUACCAAAUUAUAAUCCCUCAAAACCCGAAAGUUAUAUCAUGUAUCUUGAUGCUACCAAUUUAUAUGGCGCAGCAAUGAGCGAGUCCCUUCCAUUUGGCGGAUUUAAAUGGAUACCAGUGGAAAAUUUCGAUUGUAAUUCAGUUAAAGACGAUGCCUCCAAAGGAUAUGUUUUAGAAGUGGAUUUAGAAUAUCCAAUUAAUUUGCACGAUUCCCACAACGACCUACCUUUCUGCCCUGAAAGUAUAAUACCACCAAAUGGUAAACACCCAAAGUUGAUUCCAAACUUAUUUCAUAAAGAAAAAUAUAUUAUUCACUACCGAAACUUGAAACAAUGUCUCAAAUAUGGAUUAAAAUUAAUCAAAAUUCAUAGAACUUUAGAAUCGUCGUGGCUAAAAAAAUAUAUCGAAUUGAAUACCACCCUCCGAAACCAAGCAAAUAAUGACUUCGAAAAAGAUCUUUUUAAGCUGCUGGUCAAUGCAAUCUUCGGAAAGACCAUGGAAAAUGUUGAGAAGAGGAAAUCUAUUCAUCUUUCUACCCAUUGGGCAAAUUCAUAG